CAAAAUGUCAACCAAGAAAUAAGUCAAGCUACUACAGACCAAGAUUUAUUGCAAGUUUUUUAAAUUAUUUGUGAAAAUGUCUGUCAACCUAUUUGCAAGGAGUUCAAAAUCAUUACUGUUCCAAGAAUAUCAAAUAUAUCAGAAAAUUACAAAUAAAAUAUGGACGAAUUCUAAUAGAGUCAUACAUAACAACUUACUGAAAAGUCAGUUGAAAGCCAUAGUUCCAUCUAUUGUUCAAUCAGUAAAUACAGAUACUUUAUUGACCACAGGUAAGAACACCUGCUGUAUUGCUAAUUUCCAAAGACUCUCUUCGAAAGAGUCAUACGAAGACAUUCCAAUUUGUCUCUCAGAACUACGAAGUCUUCUGAAGAAUGGUAAUGCUGUGCUGAUUGAUGUCAGAACUGAAAGGGAAACUUGGAGAUCUGGAGUAUUGCCUGGAAGUAUUUGUGUCCCUUUACAUCAACUUGAUGAAGCUCUAAAAAUGGCUCCCGAAGAUUUUUUAAGGAAAUAUUGCAAUGGGAAACCAACUAAGGAUAAAACUAUCAUAUUCGUGUGUCAAAGAGGAUCAAGAUCGUUUCACGCGGCUAAGAAAGCACGGCAAUUGGGAUAUGAAAGUGUGCAUUCAGUUCAAGGUGGGUUUGUAAAAUGGUUUGAUAGACAAAGGAAGAUAAGGGAGUAUCAAGACCAAGCUAAAGAGUGUGAGAGUGACUGAAUAAAAUAUAUAGUGAAUGAAAACUGGAGAUGAAAAGCU